GUCGCGUCUAGUUGAGGAGAGGAAGUCUUGAAUCACUGCUGGGUACAUACACACGGUGCCACAGACUUUCUCACUCCGCGUUCCCGUCGUGCACGCUCGUGAACGACACGAGAGUGUGAAUCAGUGACGAACGCGACGAGCGAUCGCGCGCGCAGAGCGCAUUCGCCCGGUCAAUCGUCGCGCGCGAAUAUUCUUCUGUCCGCGCGUAGAACGCCGAUCGAUAAAUACCUCCCGGGGAUUUCUCACAGUCUGCCGAGCGGCCACGAACGCGCUCGCUCUCACGUGAGAUCGGGAAUAGCUGUCAAACCGACCACGUGUUCGGGCCGAGUUCCCGGUGUUCCCGUGUUCGCGCGUGCACAGUGACGGUUCACAGUAUACACCCGGAGGACCGGACCGCGGUGAAUCGUUAAGUCGCAAGGGAAACAUACUUGACACCGUUCACGCUGCGGAUAAACGGCCAAAUGCUCGAUGCCAUAUCACGCAGGACUGUUAGUAACGAGGAAAUUAACGUUCUAUUGCUCGCCCGAGUCAAUAGAUAGCAAAGCGGAAGGAUUCAUCUAACGGACAAAAGAGGUAUCUUGUUAUGUGGCGGAUCGCAGGAAUUAUAAUAUGCGACACAUCGUGCUAGCCUUCUCAUUGGCAUGGAUCCUUACGAAAGAGCAAACGCUAUGCGGCAAACUCGAGCGGGUCGCGCAACGGCUGAACGUCGUUCUCGACGAUUAUUACGCUUACCGUCACAUCUCGAUCAUCCACUUCAACGUGCCGGACUGCACGGUCGCUGCGGCGUUCAGGUUCACUGUCGAAGAAGAGAAAACUGGCGGAAUAGGUAGAUGCUCGCCGAGGAACGUCUCGUUGUUCUUGAAGUCAGGCAGUUUACCGUUCGUGCGACCCGACGGCUCGAAAAUAGCCGCGAAACUGAUGCAAGGUAGACGUCGGUAUUACGCAUUGAACAUGGAGAGCAACGGCGACGAGUACGAGAUUAGGAUACACGCACCCGCGCCGGGCGAUUGGUAUGCCAUCGCGUUUCGAUCCUGGAGCGAUCCUGACAAUGGGAAGAUUACUCAACAGGGUCUGGGUGCCACCUGCGACACCGUGCUGAACGCGGAAUUGCUGCUGGAAUCGGCGUCCCUGGUGUCCCUGAUGGACUCGAAGCUGAUGUACGUGCACAUGAACGAGAGCGCGAAUUCCGCCAUGAUGCAGCUGUUGGUGCCCGACAAUUACGUCGAGUCCAGCCUCUCUUUAAGGUCUUCCUGCGGCGAGGAGUGUCGAGUGGCUGUACACAUCACCGCGGACGAUCAUCUGGCAGCUACAAUUGUCAACACCACUAACACCACUCUGCUUUUCAAGCCGUACUCGGACGUGUUCCAUUACGUGACCCUUCGUCUGCUCUCCGGAGACGCCUCGAACGUGUCUCUGCAGCUGCUCGACGUCAGUCCGACCAACUCUAGCCAGGUGAAAUCGGUCGACCUGAUGAGGAAGUCGCUGCCCGAUUUCUUUCUCUUCGAUUACGAGCAUUUGCUGGGGAACGGGACCAAACCGUCGGCCUUCAAUCUCUCGGCCGACGCCAUGUCCGUUCUCAGCUUCGGGAUCGGUCGGAUCUAUGAUGUAGGGGGCACCUUGACCUUGGGCCUCAAGCUGGUGGAGAACGAGGAGAAGGAGAAAAGGAACGUCGUCGUUGUGGCUUGCAUUUCCUUAGGUUACUACUCGAACAUCACCGCUGGCGGAGGAUGCGAGCGGCUGGACAACAUCACGGCUGCGGACAUCUACGUGAACUGCACAGAGCCGGCUACUCUGCACAUUCCCUAUCCGGAACCAGGCACCUGGCAUGUAAGCCUGAGGUCAUUCUGCGUGGAGAAAGAUUGCCAGUGCGCGUCCACCUGUCUGAAUGGCGUUGCCUGCGAGGACUGCGAAUGCAUGAUCCCCUGCAACGCCAAGGUGGAGAGUCGUAUCUCUUCUCUGCCCUGCAUCGAGGGUCGUUGCAACUCCCGCGGGAAGUGCAUGCACUACAUGAGCGGCGGCUUCGUGUUCGCGGCGUGUCACUGCGCAGGCGCCUACAGAGGGUUCGACUGCGCCGACGACACGUACGUCCUCAGCAACAGCGACGUGAUCAUCAGAAUGAUGCUGUUGACCUGCAGUAAUCUGGCGUUCAUAGCGUCGGUGUACGUGGCGGUGCGCAGGGAGUACUUCACGGAAGCCAUCGUCUACGCGGCCGUGAUGUUCUUCUCAACGUUCUACCACGCCUGCGAGGCGGGCGAAGAUGUGUACAGCGUGUGCAUCAUGAGGCUAGGCGUCCUUCAGUUCUGCGACUUCUUCAAUGCUCUGCUGUCUAUCUGGGUGACCCUGGUGGCCAUGGCCUCAUUCGGCCCGAAGCUCACCGCUUUCUGCCAGAUUUCCGGCGCUGUUAUCCUAGCUAUGAGCGCCGAGAUGGACCGCACGGCUCUCUGGGUAUUUCUUUUGCCGGCUAUCACUGGCUCGGCUCUUAUCGGCCUUUCGUGGGGCUCCAGGUGCAAGAGGAGGGGCACUGUCCGCUAUCCUUCUCGACCUUACAGAAGUAUUUAUUUUCCGGCUGGUCUACUGCUGGUGUCCUUCGGCCUGGUGUGUUACGCGUUUCUACAGACACGACGUAAUUACUACAUCAUUCACAGCCUGUGGCACGUGUGCGUCGCGAUAGGGGUGGUUUUGCUUCUGCCGAAGCGACAAUACAUGAAAUAACGUUGCCAAUCGCGGAAACGGGUACAAGUGUGUUUACGAUUGUUUUUGUGCUGGGGAAGCGAUUGCACGUCGAAUGUACGUUGUAGAUACCGGAGAUCUUAUUCUUAUAAAAAUCGAACGACGUUUGUAGCUAGGGGGGCGGGGGUGUCGAUUAUUAAAUGCACUUCGAGAAUCGUAUGAAUUUAUCAGCGAAAUUAUUAUUAGCUCGAGUCUUGUACAAUUGUCGUUUUAGCGUGUCAAUUUUAUUUUAUCUAUGAAAGUAACAAUAGUUAUAUCGUAUUCAAUUAUUAUACUUAUAAUUAAUAUGCUUAUCAUUAUUUACGAUGCUUGAUGCUGUUUAGCUGGUAGCUAGGAUAUAACGAGUUAUUAGGAUGAUACAAAAGUAUCAUUGCAAUUUAUUCUCGGAUACGCAAUUGUUUACGACUCGACCUAAUAAUUAUUCAGGGAUUUAGUGCGGUGCUGUCUAUGAUAGGGGCCCAUGAGUUAAACGCGCCGGCGCCGGCUUUCCCUGGAAACGCCGUUUUUGCCGAAUCGGGCAAAAAUACGAUAACGAAUUUUUCUGUCAUUCUCGUGCCGUGCCGCAUUGUGGCAGGGAUACUGUUCGUCUCCCAUAGACAGCACUGGUUUAGCGUGCGCCAGAACGCGUAGAUGGAAAAACGAUAAAAA